AUGAAACGUCAGCCGAAGAAUCAGGGAAGAGGUGAUUUUGAGCAUUUCAUAAUGAGCAUGGACGUUUCUGAAGCCGAUAUCAGGACAAAAACAUUUUAUGAAUGGGCGAAAACGGCUGGGAAACUAUGGAUUUCCGAUAAGAUCACUCUGGUAAGACAUCCCACAGACGAACAGCAAGGGAGGUGUGUCAUGGCCCUGGAAAACAUCGCAAAGGGUGAAAAAUUGUUCGAAAUUCCCCGUGAAAGUGUUUUAAAUGUGAGCACAACGAGUCUGUGCGUGGAAAAACCAGCCCUGAGGGAAGUGUUCAUGCACCAAGUGGGACACUGGGAAGGGCUGAUCAUUGCUAUCUUUUAUGAGCUGAAAGUGGUCGGAGAAAAUAGCCCUUGGUGGCCAUAUUUUAGAGUUUGGCCCGAGGCUGUAAGAAUGAACAGCCUGAUGUACUGGUCAGAUUCGGAAGUUGCACAUUUGAGACCGUCCGGAGUGUGCGACCGGAUCGGACAAGAAGGUGCCAGGGAAAUGUACCAGCGAGUUCUGGACCACGUUAGAGAAUUGGAACUUUCCGACUUAGAGACAAUAACGUGGGAGGAGUUCGUACUUGUAGCAUCCGUGAUUAUGGCGUACUCUUUCGACAUGGAGCGCGCCGACUAUGAGGAAGAGGACGAAGACGAGGACGAAGAAGAAGAAGACGAAGAGGAAGAAGAAGGGGAACAGCAAGAAAACGAAGGAGAGGAGGAACACGGGGAGGUGGGCAGCGACGUUGAACGAACUAAGGGUCCCUCAGUAUGGAAAGACGGGUUUUUGAAAUCAAUGGUUCCAAUGGCAGAUAUGUUGAAUGCAGACACCCACAAAUGCAACGCCAACCUCACAUACUCACCAGAAUCCCUAAUCAUGGUCGCUAUCGAGGACAUACCAUCAGGUAGUCAGGUUUACAACAUCUACGGUGAGUUUCCAAAUUCUGAGAUUUUGCGUCGUUAUGGUUAUGUGGAAUGGUCAGGAUCUAAAUAUGAUGCAGCCGAGAUACCACUCAAAACGAUAACCAGUGCUGCCCAGACCUGCCUUGGUCUCAGUCAAGAAUUCACCGAAAAAGUAUUGUACUUAAUUGAGCAUGAUUCUGAGAUAAAGGACGAGGUACUCGAGGGUGAAUCUAUGGUCAUGGAUUCAUACGACUGUUAUCUUGACGGGCAGUUUGCCCCGGAAUAUAUAACUACGUUGCAAAUCCUGUCCGGUAUUGCACUGGUCCCAAAAGUCGAAACUUUGGGAAACGCGGUUCUCUUAGGUUAUUUGAAGAAAUUGGUUAAGAGAGCAAUCCAGAGCGUCAACACAGGAGAAAUGACCAGAAAUUGUGCAAACACGUGUGUAUCAGCCUUGGACAUGAGACUACGCGACUAUCCAAGCCACAGCUUCAGAGAACCUUCGCCAAGCAGUGAGUACAUGGGCGAACUUCGUUUGAGGGAGCGUUUGGCCGAAUGCGUUUUGAGAGGCGAAGUAAAGUCACUUCAAAAUUGUGCUCAUCGGCUGGAAAAGGAAUAUCAGCUUAUUGACGACCAGGUCUUGCUGGAUAAAAUAAUGACGGUAAAGAGGAAAGUAACUUAUCAAAAGAAUAAAUCUAAGGUGGCCAAGAAAGCCAAAAGAUGA